AUAUGCUAUUAAAAAAGUUCACAUUCGUUAAAACGUUGUCGUCUAAAAUAAUAAGGCACGGUGUUUACACAUUUUGAAAAUUUAUUGUUUGGUAAACAAUUCCAGCAGCGGUUUUGAAAAACAAAUAGUAGCCAUCGCUGUUUUUUAUGUGUAUAUUGUAUACCCAAUAGGUAGUGCCAACACGUCCUCAAGUAGUGAAUCGGUUUUCCUCGCUUAAAUCAAUAGCAAAACCCUAUCCUAUAAUAAAACAUUAUUUUAUUUUCGAAAACGAACGUUUAAUUGUUGUUAAAUUAAGUAUCGUGUGCGGAACAUGCGGACGUCAUUCGGAUAAAACCCCAUAUAGUAUUUACGGCGACAAUAAACCAUCAAGAUAAAUAUAGGUUAUGUGUAUCCUACUUUAUGGAAAAUGUUGUUUUCAAUAACCGCGACUCGUUUUACGUACCAAUUAUCCAGUGAUAAACGAAAAAUUCAUUAAUUAUUAAAUAACAUUUCAUUCCAACUCCCUUUUUCUUAAAACAAUUCACCAACAGAGAUGGCAUCUUUCGAUCACGAAGACAAAUCCAGUUGGUAUUUUGGUCCAAUGAGUAGACAAGAGGCUAAUGAUUUAUUGGAAGCUGAGAAAGAGAGUGGUGUUUUUUUGAUACGUGACAGCACCUCUUGUGUGGGUGAUUUUGUUCUUUGUGUUAAAGAAAAUAGUAAAGUGAGCCAUUAUAUUAUCAAUAAAACGCAAAGGAAUGACCAAGAAGCCUACAGAAUUGGCGACCAAACGUUCGAUGAUUUACCACGUCUCCUCAACUUUUAUAAAUUACAUUAUUUAGACACAGCCCCCUUAAUUCGACCAGCUAAUAAAAAACAAGAAAAAGUUAGAGGAAAAUAUGAUUUUGAUGGACAAGACGCCGAUGAUCUUCCAUUUAAAAAAGGUGAAAUUUUAACUAUUAUUAAAAAGGAUGAGGAGCAAUGGUGGACUGCUAAAAAUUCUAAAGGUGAAAGAGGAUCAAUUCCUGUACCAUAUGUUGAAAAGGUAGAUGACACACUAAAUGAAUUUCCAAGACCCCCAUCCGGUGGCUCAAUGCCAGCACCCCCCAUGGAUACAGGAAUGAAAAAGAAUCAAAUGAAUCGUAAAUUGCCAGCCAUGGCAAGAGUGAAACAAAGUAGAGUUCCAAAUGCUUAUGACAAAACAGCUUUGAGAUUAGAAGUUGGUGACAUCAUAAAAGUGACUAAGAUUAGCAUAAACGGUCAAUGGGAGGGUGAGCUAAAAGGAAGGGUGGGUCAUUUUCCCUUUACACACGUCGAAUUUAUCGACACUGAGGAAAGUUAGUGUUGAUAUUAAGAUCAACAAGAGAAAAAAAUUGAAAUUAAAAAAUAUUAUUAAUUAAUAACAAUAAAAUAAAUAUUGAUAUUUGCGUAAUUGUAUAGUUUUUUCAAUUAACGAUUGAUGAUGAUGCUGAUAGUGGAUUGAUGAUGUAUUUAUUAUUAUAAUUGGCACUAGCGUCUAAUAUCUACUUGCUUAGUAUUUAUGGUAGAGUACGGAGAAUAAAGAUAUGAUGGAAUUUUUGUUUUAAAAGUGUAUUUUUCUUAAUUACAUAUCAUAUUUAACUAAA